CCAUGUCUCUAUUUACACUGCCCCACCUUCUCUUUUCGAACACUACUCAUUUCUUUCUUACAUCAAUUCCCAGAAGAGAGAGGAGAGAGAGAGAGAAAACCAGUUAUUAAUUUGCAGCAGACGUUGAGCCUGACAACAGAGGCCAACUCCCCCAAUUCAACCCCAUAUAUAUGUGAGUUCUCAUCACACAACUGCUGUUUCUUUUCUUACAUAAACCCCUUUUCUUGUAUAAAUGUUUCUGUCCAUUCUUUGAUGCUACAGAUGCUUUCUUAGGUGAAUCUAAGCAGAAUCUUGGAAUUCUGAAGGAUUAGUGAAACUGGAUUUCCACUCUGAUGAAGUAGAUAUAUAGUUACGACAGGAGAAGAUUCAGGUUUCUGCGUACGUAGAGUAGUACAGGAAUCCAGGGCGCCAUGUACUUCCAAGGAAGCUCAGAAAUCCAGGCUGAUGCCCUUCAGACACUUUAUCUCAUGAACCCUAAUUACGUAGGGUACUCUGACAACCACCACCAACCUCAGCCCAACAUCCUCUUCUCGAAUUCCGCCACCGCCGCCACCGUACAAGCCCUCAACCCCGCCCUGAUGCACCACGCGCCGCCGGCUCAGGCUCAGCACUUUGUGGGUAUCCCACUAUCUCAUGAUCCCAGCCGGCCGUCGUCGGUUCUUGGGCAGCAAGAAGAUAUCCAGGCAACCCACAGCACAAUCCCACGUUUCCAGUAUAAUAUACGGGGCUUAUUUGAUCAGGCUGCAACUGGAAAUCAGACAAACGUGUGCCAACAAACACAUCAGGGCCUGUCUCUCAGCCUUUCGCCGCACCAAACUGGAUUUGAUCAUGGGCAGUCUUCGAUAAGGAUGGUUUCACCAAAAAAUUGUUCAUCUCCGUCUCUAACUACUACGGAUCAGACUAACGAAGUCAAUACUAUGCAAAGUGUAAUAAUAGGUUCUAAGUAUCUCAAGGCUGCCCAAGAACUUCUUGAUGAACUGGCGAAUGUCCAAAAAGAAACCCCAAUAGGCCGGCCGGAGGCCGGGCGGAUGGAUAAGGCAAAGGCAAAGGCAAAGAUAACCAAAGAGUCUACUGUUGGAGAUGAAGAUGGUAAUAAAGGUGGUGGUGCUGAUCUUACAACAGCUCAAAGGCAGGAGAUUCAGAUGAAGAAAGCUAAACUUAGUAGCCUGUUGGAUGAGGUGGAGCACAGAUGCAGACAGUACCAUCACCAGAUGCAAAUAGUUGUAGCAUCAUUUGAGCAGGUGGCAGGGAUUGGAUCUGCAAAAUCAUACACUCAGCUCGCCCUGAAAACAAUCUUGAAGCAAUUCCGGUGCCUGAAAGCCAAAAUAUCCGCACAAAUAAAGGCCUUAAACAAGAGCCUGGGAGAGGAAGAAAGCUUCGGGGAUAAGUUUGAGGGCUCGAGACUUAAGUAUGUCGAUCAUCAGCUCCGGCAGCAGCGGGCGUUGCAGCAGCUGGGAAUGGUGCAAAACAGCGCCUGGAGACCCCAGAGAGGUUUGCCUGAAAGAGCUGUCUCGGUUCUUCGGGCUUGGCUUUUCGAGCACUUCCUUCACCCUUACCCUAAGGAUUCAGACAAACAAAUGUUGGCUAGGCAGACAGGGCUUACCAGGAGUCAGGACUCUAACUGGUUCAUAAAUGCUCGAGUUCGGCUCUGGAAACCCAUGGUGGAGGAAAUGUACCUGGAAGAAACGAAGAAUCAAGAACAGAUCAGUGCCUCUCAGGAUAACACACCCAAGGAAUUAGGCUCCAAAUCCAACACCCGGCCCGAGCAUAAUAGCACAAGAACAGCCAGAAUAGAUCAUCAUCAGCAGCAGCUCAAUGACCUCCAAUCCAGACCUAUACUCAACCUGCAGGUUCCUUCUCCCACAGAGAUAUCGGCUUCAACAGUCAUCACACCCGCGACAGGGCCGACCCGGCCUGGAUUCGCCCAACUCAUCUCUCCACUGAACACACAAAGCCCACCCGAAAAGAAACGAAGAAACGAAGCUCAGGAUAAUUCUCCAAGCAGCAUUCUCUCAGUUGAAAUGGAAAUGAAAGGCAGAGAGACAAAGGAGGACUGCUUUCCAGGCCCGUACGGAAUUGGUGAAGUUGGCAGGUUUAACAAUUUCCAGGGAAAUAAUUUCUCUCUGACUCUCGCACUUCCCCCGUCUGAAACUUCACAGGGAGCCGAGGGGCAGUACUUCCUGUCCAGGGUGAAUGGAAUGAAUCAGGCUGCGGGUUCAAAUCCAGGUUAUGAGAACAUUCUUGAUUUCCAGGGCAGGAAGCCCUUUCGGGUCCAGCUCUUGCCUGAUUUUGUGGCCUGACAGUUUUAAUCUAAUUUCAUCAUCUCGCUUUAGGAAACUGCAUUACUGGCUUGAUUUAAACGCAGAAGGAUGGAUGGAAGAUAGAACAAUAUUAGUAGAAUUUAGUACAUAUAUAUAUACUUGAAUAUGUACUUUUCUUUUAGCAGAAAAUUAUGUAGUUUAACUAAUAAGAUGGGAUGUUGUCUAAGUGUUGUAUACUUGAUAUAUAUAUAUAGGUAGGUAGAGU